AUCGAGCGGCUGAAUCCGGAGAAGCAGAGCCAACCACCGCUAACGGCGCUCAACUCGUCUGGACUACCCGGGCUAACUUUAGCUACAUGUGCUGAGGUCGAUCCCGACUGCAACGAUGCCCACGGUUACUUUACCGCCGAAGGAGAACGCUCUCUUUAAGAGGAUUCUGCGAUGUUACGAGCACAAACAAUACAGAAAUGGGCUCAAGUUCUGCAAACAGAUCCUGUCCAACCCCAAAUUUGCAGAACAUGGAGAGACAUUGGCCAUGAAAGGUUUGACCCUGAACUGUCUGGGAAAGAAGGAAGAGGCCUACGAACUGGUGAGAAGAGGCCUCCGCAACGACCUCAAAAGCCACGUCUGCUGGCACGUUUACGGCUUACUGCAGCGCUCGGACAAGAAGUACGACGAGGCCAUCAAGUGUUACCGCAAUGCUUUAAAGUGGGAUAAGGACAACCUGCAGAUCCUUCGAGACCUGUCGCUGCUGCAGAUCCAGAUGAGAGACCUUGAGGGAUACAGGGAGACGAGGUACCAGCUCCUGCAGCUGCGCCCGGCCCAGAGGGCCUCAUGGAUUGGUUAUGCCAUCGCCUAUCACCUUCUGGAAGAUUAUGAAAUGGCUGCAAAAAUCAUCGAAGAGUUCAGAAAAACACAGCAGACUUCUCCAGACAAAGUGGACUAUGAGUAUAGCGAGUUGCUGCUGUACCAGAACCAGGUUUUGAGGGAAGCAGGUCUGUACAAAGAGGCCCUGGAUCAUCUGUCCAACUAUGAGAAGCAGAUCUGCGAUAAACUUGCAGUGGAGGAGACGCGAGGAGAGUUGCUGUUGAAGUUGGAGCGUCUGGAUGAAGCUACUGAGGUCUACAGGCGUCUGCAGGAGAGGAACCCGGAGAACUGGUCGUAUUACCAUGGUUUGGAGAAAGCCCUAAAGCCAAGCAGCGUUGAGGAGAAACUGAAGAUCUAUGAAGAAACCUGGGAGAAGUUUCCUAAGGGGCUGGUUCCUCGGAGGCUGCCACUCAACUUUCUCUCUGGUGAGAAGUUCAGGGAGUGCCUGGAUAGAUAUCUGAGGAUGAACUUUAGUAAAGGCUGUCCGCCUGUCUUCACCACGCUCAAAUCAUUGUACAGCGACAAAGAAAAGGUGGCAAUUAUAGAGGAAUUGGUGGUCAGCUAUGAAACAUCAUUGAAAAGCUGUCGAAUGUUUAGCCAGAACGAUGAUGGGAAGGAGGAACCUCCAACCACAUUACUCUGGGUGCAGUACUUCCUGGCUCAACACUAUGACAUGAUUGGCCAGCAGACCCUCGCUCUAGAACAUAUUAACACAGCCAUCGAGAGCACGCCCACACUCAUCGAACUCUUCCUCAUCAAAGCCAAGAUUUACAAGCAUGCUGGGAACAUCAGAGAGGCCGCUCAGUGGAUGGACGAGGCCCAGGCUCUGGACACCGCUGACAGAUUCAUCAACUCCAAGUGUGCCAAGUACAUGCUGAAGGCUGGCAUGAUCAAAGAGGCGGAGGAAAUGUGCUCCAAGUUCACACGGGAGGGGGCGUCAGCGGUGGAGAACCUGAACGAGAUGCAGUGCAUGUGGUUCCAGACUGAAUGUGCGCUCGCCUACAAGGGCAUGAACAAGUUUGGAGAAGCGCUGAAGAAGUGUCACGAGAUAGAGAGGCAUUUUGUGGAGAUCACGGAUGACCAGUUCGACUUUCACACCUACUGCAUGAGGAAAAUGACGCUACGCUCCUACGUGGACCUCCUAAAGCUGGAGGAUGUUCUCCGGAUGCAUCCUUUCUAUUACAAGGCUGCUACCACAGCGAUCCAGAUUUACCUCAGCCUCCAUGACAAUCCCCUGACUGAUGACAGCAAAGAGCUGCAGGCAGACACUGCCAACCUGUCGGACAAAGAACUGAAGAAGCUUAGGAACAAACAGAGAAGAGCUCUGAAGAAGGCCCAGCUGGAGGAAGAGAAGAAGAAUGCAGAGAAGGAGAAGCAGCUAAAGAACCAGAAAAAGAAGAAGGAAGAUGAUGAUGAGGAAAUCGGAGGGCCUAAGGAGGAGCUCAUUCCUGAGAAACUGGUCAAGGUUGAAAGUCCGCUGGAGGAAGCGGUGAAGUUCCUAACGCCUCUGAAGCACCUGGUUAAAGACAAAAUUGAGACGCACCUGUUGGCCUUUGAGAUUUACUUCAGGAAAGAUAAAUACCUGUUGAUGCUCCAGUCGGUGAAGAGAGCCCUGGCCAUUGAUCCAGACCACCCUUGGCUUCACCAGUGUCUGGUGCGCUUCUUCAAAGGAGUGUCGGAGAGCAAGGAGCUGCCGGAGGUGGUCAGGACAGUGCUGAAGCAGGAGAUCACACGGCUGUUUGGAGACAGCAACCCCAAGAGCUUCAACCAGGCCUACCUCAGCAAGCACUCCAACUCCAUACCACACCGCCUGGCUGCUGCUAAGAUGAUGGCGUAUCUGGACUCGUCAACGGAAGCUAAAGCAGCAGAACUGGCCACAUCACUGGAUGAGUCUCUGAACAACAGAACUAUUCAGACCUGCACAGAAGUCCUGGAGUGUCUUCGGAGCGGCUCGCUGGGAGACUCUAAGGAGCACGCGGAGUCAUACCGCGUCGAGUGUCACAAGCUUUAUCCGUACACGUUAGCUUUCAUGCCCCCCGGCUAUGAGGAGAACACCAAGAUCGCCAACGGAGACGUCUCCACAGAAACCGAGGAGCUUGGAAAUGAGAUCUGAGUGCUGCAGAAGAGCUGCGGAUGAGAAAAGGAAUUGGGCCGAGCACAGAGCCUUGUGGUACGCCGGGUAGCCAUAAAUUCUUUUUUUUUUUUUUUUUUUUUAAGAGCCAG